UUUUGCUCUGCACCGUAGGUUAUCUAUUUACUUUCAUUACCGAUACUCUUCACCACCCACAUUCCUUACCUUUCUUUCUACGUCUCGGAACGUAUACUGUCAAAUUGUGAUCAAAUCUGGUCUGGAAUCAGUUUUCAGCACUCUUCAUUCUUUAUCGUACAGCACAAAUCUGUAUCAAUAUCACUUUUCGAUCCUCGAUCACUUCGCCAUGUCUCCAAUGACUAAGACUUCUGCUCUUUUGGGCUUCCUAGCCUCGGUUGCCAAAGUUUCCGCACACGGCUUCGUUCAAGGAAUUGACGUCGAUGGUACCUACUAUACCGGAUACCUCGUCACUCAGUACCCUUACGAAACCGAUCCUCCUGCUUCUAUCGGCUGGGCAGAGACAGCGACCGAUCUUGGAUACGUUGCGCCUGACGCAUAUGCGUCUGGAGAUAUCAUCUGCCACAAGAGCGCCACAAACGCUGAACUCUCUGCUACGGUGGAAGCAGGCAAAACCGUAACAAUGUUCUGGAACACCUGGCCUGAGUCCCAUCACGGUCCGGUAAUCGACUACAUGGCGCUUUGCGACGGAAACUGCAGCACCGUUGACAAGACCACUCUUGAGUUCGUCAAGAUUGCCGAAUCUGGCUUGAUCAGCGACACUACCUCCCCUGGAACAUGGGCUUCGGAUAACCUGAUCUCGAAUAACAACUCUUGGGCUAUCACCAUCCCAUCUACACUUACACCUGGAAACUAUGUUCUCAGACAUGAAAUCAUCGCGCUUCAUAGUGCCGGGAGCACUGAUGGAGCUCAAAACUACCCUCAAUGUAUCAACCUCGAAGUCACCGGUUCCGGAACCGCUUCUCCCGCUGGCACUCUCGGCGAGAGUCUCUACACCGAGACCGAUCCCGGUAUUCUAGUAAACAUCUACACUACCGGCCUCACAUACACCAUCCCAGGCCCAACUCUUUGGUCUGGUGGCUCUUCUGGAUCUACUACGUCUGUAGCUGCCGUAGCGUCAAGUACCCAAGCUGCUGUUGUCACUUCAUCGGCCAGCACCUCUGUCCCUACAACCCUCGCUACCGUCGUCAAGUCCUCUUCAUCCGUUGCUGUUACAAGUACGAGCUCGGCGGUUGAGACUGGUGCUCAAGGUGAUGAUGAUUCUUGCGAGUCAUAAGCUCAAGGACAGAGAAGGAGUGACGUGCUUUUCUUGUAGAUAUCUUUGAUCUGUGUGGUUUCGAAAAAGGAGUUUGUAUAUAUAUGUCUUUCUAUCUGUAUCUUGACUAGAAGUCAUGAAUGCAAGAACAAUGAAUUGAUGAUUCAAGAUGCC